AUGUCUGAGGCCUUAUGUAAUAGAGGCUUUCCCUGCCUCCCUGCCGUUAGAGAAGGUGCGGAUGCGACAUGCCCAAUGGGCCAUGAACCAGAGAUAAUUGAGUUUAGAAGCUUUGUAGUUGAUGCUAUUUUUCCGUGUAUGCUGGAUAUUGCGCUCGCGUUUAAUACUUCUGGAGUUGAUAUUCCUAUACCUGGACAUAGGAUGUCCGUCAAUGUUAGAGUGGUAGUAGUAGUAGACGCUGACAACGCUCGUUCAGUUACAGUUCCUGCGCACGUCAACAGUAAAGCUCCCGCUAGUAGGGAAAAGGGCACUGUAACUGAUUGGGGUGUAAGGGCUGGAAGGCAAUAG